AUGGCAAGAGCUAUUAAAGGUAGUUUAGUUGAAUGCGAUCCUUCUAUCAAAGCAUUGAUCGUGAAGAUUGAUUCGGAUUAUAGAGACAUAGUCAUUGAAGAAUUGGACGAUACCCACUUACUAGUGGAUCCAUCCAAGAUUCCAUUCAUUAAGCGAGAACUCAGUAAGCUAUUGUCGGAAAAUAUGUACAACCUCAACGAAGACAAUCAAGCUUAA